CUUUUUUGGUUAUUUUCAUGGUUUUUUAAUUUUUAAAAAUAUAAAUUGGAAUAUUUUUCACAGUUCCACACUUCCAAAAUCUAAUCUUCAUUCAGAAAAAACUUAUUAAAACAUAAAGAAGCCAGCAUCUAACACAUCCCAAACUGAACUACAAAUUCCACAACAUCAAAGUGAAAAGCGCGCAAAAAGAAAACAUUUGACGACGAAAAUAGAAUUUCCAUAGCAAUGAAAAAUAACAAGUUUACGAGGAACUUUACCUUCUAGAAAGUUUUAUUUUGUUAAACAAGAAACAUUUAUUUCGCAUUAAUGAAAAUAAGUUUGGUGUGUUAAAAGUGUUAAAUAAAUAAUGCCUGAACAGGAACUACCGGAUGAAUUUAUUAAACCACUGUUAUCGCCAUCUAAUUCAUCAUUAUCGUCCAACUCGUCCGAUAUAAUUCUAAUUAAUGCGAAUUAUAUAAGAGAUUCACGAUCUGUGUCAAUUAGCAGCAAUUCGACAAAUAUUCAAGAUGAUGAGUCACUUGAUAUAAAUUCUAAUAAUAUUAAUUUGAACAGCAUCCGUAACGUAAGAAGUAGACACGUGGAGGAAGAGGAAGAUGAAAAAUAUGAGCCAAUUAAAUUACCAACAGAACCAACCCUCGAAGAAUUGCUUCGACAAGUGACAGGCAAAAGUGACAUUGCAACUGUUGAGCAAGUAAAAUUACGGAUCAUUUCGUCAGCAAUCAGUCUACAACGUUUACCAUAUUUCAUGCCACAUUUAAGACAUUUAACUUUGGAAGGUAGCUUGCUAUUCUCACUCCGCGAUCUUGGCUGCGAUUUGACGUCAUUAGCAUAUUUAAAUAUCAGUCGAUGUGGGCUUAAAUCUUUAGAUGGUACAAAUGGAUUGUCUACUCUUAUCGAGCUCGUUGCAGACCAUAAUCAAAUUGAAGAUGCUGGUCCGUGCUCAAAUUUACCGCAAAUAAGGAAAAUAAGCUUAAAAUGCAACAAAAUUAAGGACUUUCAUGGCAUGAUGUUUCUUGGACUGUGUCUUAAUUUAAAUGUCCUCGACUUGACCAAUAAUGGAAUAACACAAAAGGAAAAUUACCGUCAGAUUGUGAGAUCACACAUUCCUCAUUUAGCAAUAUUGGAUCAAACAGCAUACGAAGAUGUCAAUGAUGAACUUAAAAUUGAAUUACUAAGAUUGGAUUAUCAGAAUGUCAUUUGCUCUAAUCAAAUUUUAAAAACAGUAAAUUCAAGAAUAGAAGAUAUGAAUCGCUUACAAUUUACUGAAGAACGACCUUCAUCAGCACAAACAAUCUCACCCCAAAUUCUCCCAGUAACACACAUUUCGAUAGGUAAACGACCUACAACUUCUGAUGGUACAAAAGCUAAACAUGACGUCAGCGUGGGCGAAGCUGUUUGUGGAAGUAUUAUUGCAAAAGCACGAAAACCAAAAAAGUUAAGAACUGCUUGGGGAGACUCCAUGUCAUCUUCGUCAUCAUCAAGUUUCAGCAGUACAGAUUCAUCUAGUCACACAACGCCGAUGCGGUCAAAAUUUAAUGAAAGAAAUAGAAGAAAUACGGUUGAGUCAACGGAUGUCUUGUUGGAAAACUCGAAGAAUUUACGAGAACGGAGCAGAGACUUUCGAGGAAAAUAUAAAAAUUACUAAAGUUUUUGAGAACACAAUUGACAUUAUUGAUUCUCCUUUUUUUUCGAUGAAUAAGAAAUUUGUUUAAAGUAUGAGAUUAAUAAAAUCGUUGACAUUUGAAGAUGUUUGCAUUUAAUGUGACAUUCUCGAAGGGACUGUUUAUGUCGCUUAAGGUGAGAUAUUGUAUGACUUUGUGUUUUUGCAGAA